UGUGCGGCCAACAAGUCAGCGGCAGGGAGGACUUUUCUCUACACAUUGGAGAGAGAACAACUCACUUUUUCUCGGGAGUAAAGCGCUACAAAAAGGACUAAAACGACGAGGACACAUGCGAAAAUGCUAGAAGAACUCCAGGAAGAGAGUGCGUGCUUAUUAAACAGUGAGCGCGGGAGAGCAGACGUUAUUAUUCUCUGCCUUUCUGAUGACUUGUGGCAGCGCUGAGGAUAAAACGACAACACUAACGGGCUUCAAGCGGUAUUGAAUGGGGUGAAACGAGGCGGAUUUUUUCUUUUUUUUUCCUCUUGAAAAACCCGACUCACCGAGGCAUUUCCAGGCGGUCAGAAAAACCCCAAAGGGAAGGGGAGGUGAGGUGAGGGGGGGGCAAAGAAAACGCCCUGCUCGCCUGUUGCUGGUAAAUUCAAACUUUUAACCGAGUUUGGGGGAAAAAAUGGUGACUAUUCAAGUGUAACGUUGUGUUUAUUAGCUUAAAAACAGACAGAUAGCUAACUGACUUGAGCCCCCUCACCCCCCCUCCCCAGCUCGGCAAGUUUUUUUUUUUUUUUUUAGGAAAGCGGGGAGUCUUUUUUUUUUUUUUUUUUUUGCUUUGGGAAUAUUUUCUCCUCAUUGUGUGGACACUAUUCCUGUUGGAAGCGAUUUGGGUGGGCUGAGAGCCGCUAGGCCCGCUGCUGGCCACAUUAGCCACGAACAAAGACGUUUCACAUGUGAACUUUGGUGAACAUUUUUGGGGGAAGAAAACCUCUUCAUCAUUCUAAAAAAAAAAAAAAUUCACUCAGCUUUUUUUUUUUUGAACGACCGACUGACUCACUGCAGACAUGUCUGUGAGCGCCGAGAAGAGGACGGAAACCCGGCUGAAGAAGCUGGAGGACAUGAUCAGAAACCCCAGGUCUGCCAUGAACCUGGAAAGUUUGCUGGACUCCAUAAACGCCCUGGUCCUGGACUUAGACUACCCCGCACUACGCAAGAACAAAAACAUUGACACCUUCUUAAACAGAUAUGAUGCGGUUAUAAGACAAGUUCGAGACCUACAGAUGAAGUCUGAAGACUUUGACAGAGUUAAAGUCAUUGGUCGAGGGGCAUUUGGUGAGGUUCAACUGGUCAGACAUAAACCUUCUAAGAAGGUAUACGCCAUGAAGCUGCUGAGCAAGUUUGAGAUGAUCAAGCGCUCAGAUUCAGCCUUCUUCUGGGAAGAAAGGGACAUCAUGGCCUUCGCCAACAGUCCCUGGGUCGUGCAGUUGUGCUGUGCCUUCCAAGAUGAGCACUACCUCUACAUGGUGAUGGAGUACAUGCCAGGAGGCGACCUGGUCAACCUCACCAGCACCUACGACGUGCCGGAGAAAUGGGCCAAGUUUUACACGGCGGAGGUGGUGAUGGCCCUGGACGCCAUUCACUCCAUGGGCUUCAUCCACCGCGACGUCAAGCCGGACAACAUGCUGCUGGACAGACUAGGACACCUGAAGCUGGCCGACUUUGGCACUUGCAUGAAGAUGGACUCUACCGGCAUGGUGCACUGUGACACAGCGGUUGGCACUCCGGACUACAUCUCUCCCGAAGUGCUGAAAUCCCAGGGAGGAGACGGGUGUUACGGGCGAGAGUGCGACUGGUGGUCCGUAGGAGUCUUCAUCUUUGAAAUGCUUGUCGGUGACACGCCGUUCUACGCUGACUCGCUGGUGGGAACCUACAGUAAGAUCAUGGACCAUAAAAACUCCCUCAACUUCCCCGAUGAUGUGGAGAUCUCCAAAGAUGCCAAGAACAUCAUCUGUGCCUUCCUGACUGACAGGGAGGUGCGAUUGGGCAGGAAUGGCGUGGAGGAAAUCAAGCGACACCCUUUCUUCAAGAACGACCAGUGGACCUUCGACACCCUGAGAGACACUGUUGCCCCCGUGGUCCCAGAGCUGAGCAGCGACAUAGACACCAGUAACUUUGACGAGAUCGAGGAUGACAAAGGCGACGUAGAAACUUUCCCCACGCCUAAGGCCUUUGUCGGAAAUCAGCUACCAUUUGUCGGCUUUACCUAUUUCAAAGAAGACCAAUUACUAAACACCUCCAACAACACCUCGGUCACUCAUGAGAAUUCAAAAGGAGAGUGGGCAGCAAUGCAGAAGAAACUUCACCACUUUGAGGUGCAGCUGAAUAAUCAGAAGCAGGUCAAAGAGGAUGUAGAGCACAAAUACAGGGCUGCCACCGGUCGCCUCGACAAAAUCUCCAAAGAACUCGAGGAAGAGGUGAGCAGCAGGAAGAAUCUGGAGUCGAGCAUGAGGCAGCUGGAGAGAGAGAAAGCUCUGCUGCAGCACAAGAGCAUGGAGAGCCACCGCAAGGCCGAGAGCGAGGCCGACAGGAAGCGCUGUCUGGAGAACGAAGUCAACGGCCUUCGAGACCAGCUGGAUGAGUUGAAGAAAAAAAACCAGAAUUCCCACAUUUCCAACGAGAAGAACAUCCACCUUCAGAAACAGCUGGAAGAAGCCAACACGUUGCUGCGUGCAGAGUCCGAGGCGGCUACGAGGCUCCGUAAAACCCAGACGGAGAGCAGCAAACAGCUGCAGCAGCUGGAGGCCAACGUGCGCGAGCUGCAGGACAAAUGCUGUCUGCUGGAGCGCAGCAAGCUGAGUCUGGAGAAGGAAUGCAUCAGCCUGCAGGCCGCGCUGGAGACAGAGCGGAGGGAGCACAGUCAGGGUUCAGAGACCAUCAGUGACCUGAUGGGGCGAAUCUCCGGUCUGGAGGAGGAGGCACGUCAGCAGAGACAAGUCCUCUCAAAAGGAGAGACUGAGAAGAGACAGCUUCAGGAGAAACUCACCGACCUGGAGAAGGAGAAGAGCAACAAGGAGAUUGAUUUGACCUAUAAGCUCAAGGUGCUGCAGCAGGAGCUGGAGCAGGAGGAGACCUCACACAAGACCACCAGAGCGAUGCUGGCAGACAAGAGCAAGAUCAAAGUAACCAUCGAGGGCGCCAAGUCAGAGUCCAUGAAGGAGAUGGAGCAGAAGCUGGCGGAGGAGCGAGCAGCCAAAUUGCGUCUGGAGAACAGGAUACUGGAGCUGGAGAAGCACAGCAGCAUGAUGGACUGCGACUAUAAACAGUCUCUGCAGAAACUUGAUGAGCUGCGCAGACACAAGGACCGCCUCACUGAGGAGGUAAAGAACUUGACAUUGAAGAUCGAGCAGGAAACCCAGAAGCGCAACCUGACCCAGAACGACCUGAAGGCCCAGAACCAGCAGCUCAGCUCCCUGCGGAUGUCCGAGAAGCAGCUCAGACAGGAAAUGAAUCACCUGAUGGACAUCAAACGCAGCUUAGAGAAGCAGAACCAAGAGCUACGCAAAGAAAGACAAGACACAGACGGGCAAAUGAAGGAAUUACAAGAUCAGUUAGAGACUGAACAGUAUUUCUCGACACUGUAUAAGACACAGGUUCGUGAACUGAAGGAGGACUGUGACGAGAAGAACAAACUCUACAAAGAUGUGCAGCAGUCUCUGCAGGAGCACCAGGAAGAGAGGGAUUCUUUGGCGGCUCAGCUGGAGAUCACGCUGACUAAGGCUGACUCAGAGCAGCUGGCGCGCUCAAUUGCCGAGGAGCAGUACUCAGACCUGGAGAAGGAGAAGAUAAUGAAGGAGCUGGAGCUGAAGGAGAUGAUGGCCCGCCACCGUCAGGAACUGGCCGAGAAGGACAUCACAAUCAGUUCGCUGGAGGAAGCCAACAGGACCCUGACCAGCGACGUCGCCAAUCUGGCCAAUGAGAAGGAGGAGCUGAACAAUAAACUGAAGGAUGCUGAAGGAGAAACAGAGAAGUCAAAGGAUUGGGAGCAGCAGAUCAACCAGAUGAAGCAGGUGUUUGAGAAGCAGCUGCAGUCAGAGAGGACGCUGAAAACUCAGGCCGUCAAUAAGCUGGCCGAGAUCAUGAACAGGAAGGAAGUUCGUGGCGGAGGCAGUCGCCGCGGCAAUGACACAGACAUGCGGCGAAAGGAGAAGGAGAACAGGAAGCUGCAGCUGGAGCUGAGGUCAGAGAAGGAGAAGCUCAACAGCACCAUCAUCAAAUACCAGAGAGAGAUCAACGAGAUGCAGGCGCAAUGGUCGGAUGAGAACCAGAUGCGCAUCGAGCUGCAGAUGGCUCUGGACAGCAAGGACAGCGACAUCGAGCAACUGAGGAAUCUCCUGCAGACGCUCAGCGUGCAGUCGAUGGACUCUGCCAGUGUCAGCAGCGGGCCCGAGUUCGAUACUGACGAUGCGUACGCAGAAAUGAGGCUGGAGGGGUGGCUGUCGCUCCCUGUGAGAAACAACACCAAGAAGUUCGGAUGGGAGAAAAAGUAUGUUGUAGUGAGCAGCAAAAAGAUUCUCUUCUACAACAGCGAGCAGGACAGAGAGCAGUCCAUCCCUUGCAUGGUGCUCGAUAUAGACAAACUCUUCCAUGUGAGACCUGUCACUCAAACAGAUGUGUACCGUGCUGACUCCAAAGAGAUUCCCAGGAUAUUCCAGAUUCUUUACGCUAACGAAGGCGAGAGCAAGAAGGAGCCCGAGUUUCCUGUGGAGCCGCUGCCCAUUGGGGAGAAGUCCAGCUACAUCUGCCACAAAGGCCACGAGUUCAUCCCCACGCUCUACCACUUCCCCACCAACUGUGAGGCGUGCACCAAGCCGCUGUGGAACAUGUUCAAGCCGCCGCCUGCCCUGGAGUGCCGGCGCUGCCACAUCAAGUGCCACAAGGACCACAUGGACAAGAAGGAGGAGAUCAUCGCCCCAUGCAAAGUGAACUACGACGUUUCCACGGCCAAGAACCUGCUGCUGCUGGCCGUGUCCCAAGAGGAGCAGCAGAAGUGGGUGAACCGACUGGUCAAGAAGAUCCCCAAGAAGCCGCCGCCCGCUGAGCAAUUUGCGCGCUCCUCUCCACGCGCCUCCAUGAAGGUCCAGCCCAGCCAGUCUAUGAGGAGGCCCAGUCGACAGCUCCCUACAAGCAAGAGCAGCUAACCUUGCUCGGGAGUGUUGGUGCAUCUUGAAGGUGGCGGGGCAGAGAGGGGGAUGGGGGGUGGGGUGAUGUGCGUGUGCGUGUGUGUGCGUGUGUGUGUUUCAUCCUAAAUCCAAGACUAUACACAACUGAAGCUCCGUUUGCAGAUCAGCACACUGAACUCCACUUCACAACUUCCACAACCUCCCCCUCAACCAACCAACCAACCCCCCUCUGCCCCGCUUCAACCCUGAGUUCCACAAAAAGUCUGCUUUUUCCUCCCUUUUUUCGUUCAACUUCUCUCCCCACCACUCGAAGCGAUGACGACCAUCAAAACUCACCUCGAUGGUCUUACAGUGAGCUCGGGCGGCUCAUGAGCAACAUUAGCAGAAGUUUUCUCGGGAGGCUCUCGACUAGAGCGAUUAUGUGCCCCGAGCAGCUUGUUCAGCUCCAUACGGAACAGAAGAGAGCUCUUAUAAAGCCUGAUCGGGGGCUGGCAAGAAGGUGGGGGGGGGGGGGGCACACACUUACCUCACCACUUCUCACCAGGACACUGUGUGAUUGAAGGACAAGAAAACUCUCUACUCCUCCUCAUCACCUUUUUGGGGAUUCUUGUGGCCAAAAUGAAUUUUAAAAAAAGACGUUCUUGUGUUAAAUGAUUGUGAAUAAUAUGAAGGGGGGUUUAGCAGCAGCAGUGAGUAAGUGGGGGUACACUACAGUAAUUAUGUUGGCUGGAUGCAGCUGAGGGCUGUUGAACUUUAUCCCCCCACCCCCCUCCCUGACACAGCAUCUGUACUUUUUUCAUCAUCAUAUUCAAACUCUUUCACAUUACUGAUUGUAGCUUCUCGCUUCCCACGAUUUCUGCUUUUUCAGGCGCAUGUCCACACGGGUCACAGAAACUUGAAUGAGGUACUUAAGCAAGCAAAGCUGUGACUUCUUGGAAAGUCAGUAAGAAGCAGGGAGGGAUGGAGGGAGGGGGUGGGGGCAGGGGGGAAGGAGUGUCAAAUUCCCCCAGGAUUUGAGCAAAUAAUUCCUUGAAUGCCUCUAAUUCAGAUUUGCGACUCAGGCACGCUCUGAAUCAUCAGCCUGCCGUUGUUUGACUACAGUAAGACAGAUUCUUAACAGAUUCUACCGCUCUCAACAGCAUUUAGAUUGAAGGGGGUCAGACAAAAUCACAUAAUCUUUCCAAACCUGCACUGUCAGUUAUGAGGGUUAAUGUUUACUGCAUUCAAGGGGUGCACCGUUAAUGCUUUUUCUGAUCCGAGCUCGGCUCCCUAUUUUUUUUUUUUUUUUUUUGAAUGUACAUCUGGGCUUUUACCAGAGACGACACACAGGCAUUGUAUUUCUUGUAUCCAAAUAUACUUGACUGAAGCCCCCCUCCCCUCUUAUAUCACAAACUACUCUGAUUGAGUUUGCAUGUGUUUGCCUUUUUUUUUUCUCUCUUCUUUUUUUAAGGCCUCACACACUUGAAUGCUGAACCAACCUAUCAAGAAACAGUUUUAAAAUCAUUCAAAUAAGGGGAAAUUGACCAAUAUGAAGCAGAAACAAUGAAGGUAUGCAGUCAUAUCCAAAACCAACAUACUGAGCAGCACUAUUCCAUUGAAAGAUUUUCUUUAAAAAAAAAAAAAAAAGUGUUUUUGUCCUGAUAUUUUUGUAUUAAAAGUAACCAAACUCUGAGUUUGGGCACAUUGUUGUGUGUAUGUGGCUCAUAUAGCAGAUGGAGAGUAACUGUGUGUAUGUGUGAGUGUAUGUAUGCGUGCGUGUCUGUGUGUGUGUGUGCGUGUAUCGAGUGCUCUCCUUUAACCAAGAAGCAUGUUUUAUACAUAUAAAUAUACACAGUAUAUAUUUUACAUGCCAUACAGCGCACAUUAUAUUAUUUAUACAGCUGUGUCCACUUUGUAUUUAAGGGCUCUACAUCCAAGAUUGCAUGUUUGCUACCAAACUGCUCUAUAAUAAUUUACCACUUCAACAAUAAAGACAUGGAUGUGC